AUGGACCAGGCACACCCCUUACCGUGUCCUAUGGUCGUGAGGUCCUUAGACCUUGAGAAGGAUCCAUUCGGACCUAAGAGACCGGACGAGGAAGCACUCGGACCGGACAUGCCUUACUUAAGUGCCAUUGGGGCCUUAAUAUAUCUGAAAGGAACAAAAGACCUUGGUUUGUUCUAUACCAACCGGCCAGGAGAGAACAUGGUCGGGUAUGCGGAUGCUGGAUACUUAUCUGAUCCACACCAGGCUAGAUCUCAGACAGGAUAUGUGUUUACGCAUAGUGGAGCCGCAAUAUGCUGGCGUUCCACAAAGCAAACCUUAGUUGCAACAUCGUCCAAUCAUGCCGAGAUCAUAGCAAUGUAUGAGGCAAGCCGUGAGCUUGUUUGGUUGAGGAGCAUGACCGGCCAUGUCUUGAAAGAGAGUGGUCUGUCCGUGGGACAAGAGAAAGAGGAGCCAAUGAUCAUCUACGAGGACAAUGCAGCGUUGAACUGA